CCCCCGGGCUGCCCCCUCGGAGGGAGGGAGCGAGCGAGGCAGGAGCUGUCGCCCCUCAGCCCCCCGUGAGAGGCUCCUCCAGAGCCCGGCGCUGCCCGCGCCUCAGGGCGGAGCCGGCCCCGGGCUGCCCUGCUCGGGUCUGGGAUCUGGGAUCGCCUCGCUGGGAGCUCCGUGUGAAUCCACAGCUGCCCUGAACUUCCUGGUGGAUUUGAAGAUGUCUAAAAAGAAGCUGAAGAAACUGUCUGGAAAGGAAGUCUCUUUGGAUGGCCAGGAUGACAAAAACUCUGAAGACACAAGAUCUUACAAGCACACUGCAAAAGAAGAAACAGAACAUCAGAGGUCCAAACCAGAGAAAGAUGGGCACGAGAAAAAGCGACACCGAAGUUCUCGUGCUUUUGAUGAUGCAGAUGGAAGAUCCCAGGAAAAAUCUCCAAAGAGAAGCAAAACCCCAGAUGGUUCUUCAAUUCAUACUGAAAGGCAGAAGAAAAUAGUGAUCCAGUUUAAAGCCAAAGAAAUCAAACAUGGCAAAACCACCCGCAUUCCUGAUGUGGUGACUGCCAGCAAGGAAAGAAGUCGCUCUGAUGGAAGAGAAGGAAAAAGGCUCUGGCACAGCUUUGAGCUUCAGAGGGACAAGGCACUGAAGAAAAAGAGAGAGAAAGCUGAACUCUGUAAGCUCAAGCUAAAAGCAGAACAAACUAUGGUAGAAAAGUUUAAGUCCUCUGUGUACGAGAUACCACAUAAAAAGGCAGAGGGCUCAAAAAAGUGGAGUGAGGGUUUCAGAAUUCCCAAAAAGCCACCUGACAGCUCUGCUGGGACUGGGCAUGGUGACAGACCUGCCAGUAAGGAGCCAAGUGUAUUAUCUAGCCUCUGGGAAGAAGAGGAGGAGGAGGAGGAAGAAGAAUAUAAGGACUUUGCUGAGAAAAAGAGGCGCACAAGUAAACACAGAUCAUCACACUCCCCAUGUGAAACUCCACCACGACUGGACUCUUGGAAGCACAAGAAACACAGCCCUGGUUCUCCAAAAGCUCCUGAGCACCCAGGAGCUAAAGAAGGAGACUUGGAAGCCACAGCAUUGUGUUUUAAGCAGAAUGUUGAGGGCCUCUGCACGUCUGACUCCUACCAGGGAGGUGAAGUCAGAAAGCCUGUGCCUGUCCCAAAGAGCUCUGAAGACUUUCCACCCCUUCAAGACAGUCAGAACACAGAAACAGACCAAGAGAUGCAGAUAGCUGAAGACUUGCACGUUGCUCGUGUGGAGAAGAGGAUGGCCCUGUCUGUAGUACAGACCUGUGGAGAACUUACGAGCAUGGAGAUAGAUCUUCCAGAACAGGAUUUAAAUACUUCUGCUGGGGCUUUUAGUUCUGGUCUGAACAUCCUAGUGGUGAUUGACACAAAUAUAAUGAUUAGUCACCUUGAGUUUGUGAGAUCCCUGAAAUCUGAGGAUAUACCAGGAGUUGAUAGACUUGCCUUAAUCAUUCCCUGGGUCGUCCUACAAGAGCUGGACAACUUGAAGAAGGGGAAAAUGUUGCAGCAUGUUCGGGACAAAGCUAUCCCUGCAGUGCAGUUCAUCUACAAGUGUCUCAAGAACCAGGAUUCCAAACUGUGGGGGCAAUCCAUGCAGCUGGCUUCUCAAAAAAUGUAUGGGCUGAGUGACGAGAACAACGAUGACCGAGUCCUGCAGUGCUGCCUGCAGUACCAGAAGCUCUUCCCACAAGCUCUUGUUGUCCUCUGCACGGAUGAUAAAAAUCUGUGUAAUAAAGCCAUUGUGAGUGAGGUCAAGGCAUUCUGCAAAGCUGAUCUGGUCACUGCUCUGCAGAAUGUGAAUGUAAACAGGCCCCAGAACUCUGAGGAGCUGCAGCAGCCAAAGCAGGAUACAGAAUUUGGGAAGGCAAGAGCUGAUGCUGGUUUUACUGCACAAUUCCCAAAUGUGCUUCCAGACCUUGAAAAGAACUUAGGAGAAGCUUUGUCUUGUAUUUUGGAGACUGAAAUGAAACUUGCAUUUGGAAAUCUGUGGAUGGAGAUCCUGUAUCUGAAGCCACCAUGGACCUUAGCAAACCUGCUGAAAUGUUAUAAAAAACACUGGAUGGCUGUUUUUGGUUAUAUAGUGCCAAGGAGUUUACUUUCAAGCAUUGAAUGUCUUUCUAAACACCUUUAUGAAGAUAAACCAUUUGACUCCUCAACAGUGUGUGUCCUACUCCAGGAAUCCAAAAACUUGCUCCAUGCUUUCAGCUGCAGGUCAGACUACAACGGUGUCCUGCCCCAGGCUUAUGCUGAAGUGGCAAAACUCUGUGAGACCCUCGGGGGGGUGAGGGCAGACAGUGAGCAGGAUUUAUCAGAAGACAUCAUGGUUCUUUCAGAAAAUGCUGCGUGUGAAAAAAUGGAAGCCACGAUGCCCAAUCUGCAAAGCACUGAGGAAAAGGAGCCACAACCCAGCUUUCAUGUGGCUCAGGAAAACAGGCACCAGGAAAUCUGGUCAGUCCUGGAAGGUGUUUGGAACACCAUGAACUUGUACAGUAUUGAGCUGUUCCAGAAGCUGGACCCCAGUGCAGUGACCAUGGCUGGCAAGGCCUUGUUUGAGGAGGCUUUUCUGGGCCUGCAGAAGCUGCUGGCAGCAGUGAAGGACAUCCGUGAGGGCAUUGGCAGAAUUUUAACCCCAACCAGCAGUUUCCAAGAUAUUUGGACCCUCUAUAACUUCCUCAGAAGACAUGAGAUCAAUAACAGUCUGAAGUUCACUGCUGAGGAGCUGUAUGAAUGUGUUUCACAGGAGCUUUACAGGGAGAGGCUGGAAGUGGGCUGCUGCCAGCUGGCACAGCUGGAGCAGACGCUGGAGCAGUGCCAGGCGUCCGUGCACAGGGAGGCCGAGAGCCGGGGCUGGCUCUGACCCGGGCUCAGCUCCGCCUCCUCGGGGGAGGAGAGGAAAAGGGAAGCGCUGGAGGAGCCUGAACCCUGCCGGCUUUUCUUCUCGAAGGUGCUGGUUCGGCUUGGAGUUGAAGGGAAAACACAGUUUCACGUGGAUAUUAAAUGUUGGGAUUUCUGCUGAGAAUUCUAUUCGGUACUAGAAUGUUCUGUCUUGAGUGAGGGUGCUGCUGGAUAGGCAUGGAUAGCCAGGAGCAGCAGGGCUGGUUUGGGAUGCAGCAGCUGUGCUGUGCUGCUCUGAGCACCCAGCGUUCCUGAGGAGCUGAGCUGUUCAUGGUUGGAUAGGAAACCCCUCUGUUUGUUUUGCUGGUAGUUUACAAGUCACAAGAAAAAGGAAUCUGUUGUGUGACCCAAGGGUAGGAAGUAGCCGAGUGCAAGGCCAGGAAUGAAGGACUGACCCCCAGGCACACCGUGUGUGUCCUGUGCAGUGAAGGCUUCAGAGAGGACAUGGAAUGGGCAAAGGAGCCGAUUGAUGCCUGUUUUUCCUUAAGGACAACACAGACCCCCCACCCUCACACAAGUGUUUGUCCCAUACCCUUUUUCAGAGGCAAAGGGCUUUUCUCCUUUGUUUGAGCAGGCAUUUUCUAUUCAUACAGUGGAAAGCUGCUAGCAGUGCUCUUGGGGAAACUCCUCAUCCAGCUCCUGCCACAUUCUUAUGGAAGGUGGGCCUGGGUCCUCCCUGGAUAUCCCUCUGUGGCUGCACUGCUGGUUGCUUUCCAGAACUGCUUUAAGUCCAUGAAACUUUUCCAAAGCCAUUUUCUAAGGCCUUUAAUGCUACCUCUUCUUGUAUGUAUUUGUACAGAGAUGAGCUGACUGGCAAAGUUCUGAAUUGUCUAUUUUGAUACUAACUUUUGGAUGUAUUUGUAAAUUCUUGAUUGUAAAACUGUAAUUUAUUGUUACAUAAACAUUCUGAGUUCA